UCUCACGGCGCAGAACCACCUCGGGAUGUCCGCCGUACGCUGCCGGCUGCCCUUCCUCGUCAUUUUCCUGGAGGGGGUGUUACUGGUGCUGAUCGCCCUCUUUGUCACCUACGAUGACCACUCGGACGCCGCCGCCCAGAGCAACGAGACGGAUCACAGCCGCAACCAGCUCUAUGCCAUCUUCCCCGUCUUCCAAGACAUCCAGGUGAUGAUCUUCGUGGGUUUCGGGCUCCUCAUGGGCUUCCUGAAGAAGUACGGCUACGGUGGCAUCGCCUUCAACUUCAUGAUCGCGGUGUUCUCCGUGCAGUGGGCUCUGCUGGUGCAAGGCUGGUUCUACCACUUCCACCACGGCAAGAUCCACAUCGGGGUGUACAACCUGCUGACGGCCGAGACUGUGUGUGCCACCGUCAUGAUCUCCUUCGGGGCGGUGUUGGGCAAAACCAGCCCGGUGCAAAUCCUGGUGCUGGCUCUGCUGGAGGUUCCCAUCUUCACGGCCACCGAGUGGGUCAUCAUCGAGCUGCUGAAGAUCAAGGAUGUCGGCGGCUCCAUCACCAUCCACUUGUUCGCUUGCUACUUUGGACUGAGUGUCACCACGGUGCUGUACAGGCCGGGCCUGAAGGGUGGACACAAGGACGAGGGGCCGGACUACAACUCGGACAAGUUGGCCAUGCUGGGGACUCUCUUGCUCUGGGUCUUCUGGCCCAGUUUCAACUCGGUCUUCGCCUCCACCGGUGACGGCCAGCACCGGGCAGUGCUGCACACCUACAUCGGACUCAGUUCGUGCACCCUCACCACCUUCGCCAUCUCCAGCCUGCUGGACAAGCGGGGCAAGAUCAACAUCGCUCACAUCCAGAACGCGGCGUUGGCCGGCGGGGUGGCGGUGGGCUCGGCAGCGGACAUGAUGGUCACCCCCGCCGGGGCAUUCACUCUGGGCUGCAUCGCCUCCGUCCUGUGCACAUUGGGAUUUAAAUACCUCACCCCGUUCCUGGCCAAGAAGCUGAAGAUCCAGGACGUGUGCGGCAUCAACAACUUACACGGCAUCCCCGGCUUCGUCGGGGCGAUAGCCGGCAUCGCCACCAUCCUGCUGACGGAUGACCAGAGCUACGGACACGGCCUGUACGACACCUUCCCGGAGAGAGUGCCCAAGGAAGGAGACGAGAGGCUGGCCGAGCUGAUCCGGAUCCUACCACGGUUGAAGGCGGGAGGGGGACGAACAGCCUGGGACCAAGCCCAAUAUCAGGCAGCGGCCAUCGGGGUCUGUCUGGGAAUCGCUGUCCUUGGAGGGACAGUCACCGGAUUCAUCUUAAAAUUACCCUUCCUAGCCCAACCCAAAGACGAGUAUUGCUUCAACGAUGACCCUUAUUUCGAGGUGCCAGAAUUGCAUGAGAAAGAAGAAUUUGAAUUUACGAAUAAAAACAACGCGAACAAUAACCAAGGACUUAAACUUCCAAUGUGAUAACAACUCUUUAGGAUGUAUGAGCAUCGGAUGUUGUCUCAACUUCCAAGAGUGGGUGCGAGAGAAAGACCUGCUGUGGUUAGCAUGUCUUGUGCUAAUUGUCCCAAUACUUUUUUACCAGAUAUACUCAUUAAAGAGAAGCCUUUUAACCCGAAUUGAGUUGAAAAUGUUACUGUCUGGGCAUCGCGGAGCGUCCUAUUUUUUUUUAAUAAGUGAUUUGACAAAAAAAAAAACCAAUUCAAGAUUCAAAAACAAAUUCACUCCUCCUCCAAAAUCAUUCACAACUCCCGCGUGUUCUUAUCUGAGCUAUCCACUAAAAACGUUACUCGGGAAUGCGAAUCAGAGAAUGUUUCUCAUACCUGUUGCUUUUUAUUUAGAAAGACAAAAAAAAACCCAAAAUGAUUACUGUGGUUUCCUGCCUACAACAUGCGGCGAAACGAGACCACAAAUUGACAAACGUCUGAGCUAACUCCGACCUGCCUGAGUAGCACGCUAAUCAUUAAUGUCAGUCAGUCUCUGCUACCGACCAGGUCCACUCCCAAUCUGUGCAGAUGAGCCUUGUGUAAGAGUGAGUUUCUAUUUUUCCUUUUUAUACGUCAGUAACUGGUUGCUCUUUAACUUCACGCUGUAAGAUUUUAUCCGGAGACUUCUAAGAUCAGUUAAUAUUAAAAAAAAAAGAAUUUUUAUUUACAAUGCAAUAAGGUAAUGAAUAGUUUUUAAGAAAUUUAAAUAAAAGUUGUU